CUCGAACCGACAGAGCCUGUUUCUCCACUGAUGUUACUUACAUACAAACGUCCUCUCCUGAGAAGAGUGACGCAAGGACCUGGAAGGACUCACUCCUGCCGCUCCUCAGCAGGGUCCCCCCUGGAGCCGUGGAGCUGCCCGAGGUCCGAGCCCGGUGGGCAGAGCUUGAGGCGGGCGGGAGCUGCCAUUGGAGGUUUUGAAGGCGCCUCGGCGGGAGCGGCUGCCGGCGAGCAGCUGGAGAUGUGGGCUGAGAGAUGGAGGAGACUGUUGCUGAGUUUCUCAGGAGGACCAUCUUGAAAAUCCCCAUGUAUGAAAUGAUGACAAUCCUAAAAGCCUGGGAUUUUUUUCCUGAAGAACAACUUCAAACUGUAAACUUCCGGCAGAGGAAAGAACAGCUAGCUGUGGACUUGGUCCUGUUGUGUGAGAAGAAGUCUGCAAGUCUCAAUGAUGUAGCCCUUUUAGACAUCAUUUAUACUCAAGCUCACCGGAACCACAAAGUUUGGGAUGUUUUUCAGAUGAGUGAAGAACCAGAUGAUGAUGUUAACCUUUUCGAUAUGGAACAAUUCAAAAGUUCAUUUAAGAAAACUCUUCAGAGAGCAUUAAGAAAUGUGACAGUCAGCUUCAGAAAUGCAGAGGAGAAUGCAGUCUGGAUUCGAGUUGCCUGGGGAACACAGUGUUCAAAGCCUAACCAGUACAAGCCAACUUACGUGGUGUAUUAUCCCCAGACUCCAUAUGCCUUCGCAUCUCUCUCCACCCUGAAGAGCACUGUACCCCUUCUGGGUCAGGCACUGAAAAUUGCUAGCAACCACCACCAGAUAAUGAAAAUGGACCUGAGAAGCCGACACCUGGACUCACUCAAGGCCAUUGUUUUUAAACAGUAUAACCAGGUAUUUGAAAAUCACAACUCUACAAAACCUCUACAAGAAAGAAACCUUGGACAAAAUAGAAAUGUGGAUCCCAGGCUCAUUCACGAAAACACAGUAGAAAAGGAGAGAAUCCAAAGAAUAACUGAAGAAACUUUUGGAGACUAUCCUCAACCACAACUCGAAUUUGCACAAUAUAAGCUUGAAACGAAGUUCAAGAGUGACAUAAACAGGGGCAUCUUGGCUGAGCGGGAGGAGCCCCUCCGGUGUCUGGUCAAGUUCUCUAGCCCACAUCUUUUAGAAGCACUGAAAUCCUUAGCACCAGCUGGUAUAGCAGAUGCACCACUUUCCCCUCUGCUCACUUGCAUACCCAGCAAGAGAAAAAAUUAUUUUAAAAUUAGAGAUAAAUAAGAUCCCUGUGGUUGGGUGAGCUCAGUGCUCCUUGACCACGUUAUAUGCACAUUCCUGUUUAUGGUUAGCUGGAUGGCCAAUUUGUAAAUCUCCAUGCUAGGGAUUCAUCCAUGUUGAAAACUUAGAACUGUUCGUGUUGGGCGGAUGCUUUCCUCCUCUCUGUGUGGCCCCUCUCCUGCUAACUCCAGCAGUGUGUGCAUGAGAGAUGGACCAGAGGAAGGUGCAGGAACAUGCAUGGUUCCAGAUUGACCCCACCCCUACCCCAGAGCACCAAGCACGGGGCACUAGAUCUCUCCUCAGGCCUAGGAGGUCUGGUUCCAGUGGCUGAUGUCUAGGGAUUUGCAAGUAAGCUUUGGAUCUUAGAAGAACCAAAAAAAAAAACAAAAAACUGCCCAACUCAAAACUUCUAGGAGAGUCAUAAAAUUGGCCCAUUCAGAGGGCAGAAUUGGGUCCAGAAAGCUAUUACAAGAGGCUACAUAUCUGAGAGCACCUAUAAUUGUGUUGUCAUAAGUGUUGCUUUCCAUAAUCUAUUUUAUCACACAUGUAACAGAUUUACCAUCAUAUUGUACUGAUUUGUGAAUAAAGAUAAU